ACUGCUGAGACAUUAAAAUGAGUGACGCACUGCCGUCCAGCUGAUUGCAAUGUUUCAUCGGUGUUGGAAACUAUGGCCAAAAGUUGUUUUGCUCUCAGAGACCUGCGCAUCCACUGUAUAGCACAAGUAUACUUGUAGACUGUGGAAUGGAAGCUGCAACCAUGGCGACAGUGGAAGGACCACAGGCACUGCCCAUGCCAGUGCUGCCCAUGAGGACCUUUCCAGUGCUGGAUGACUCUACCGGAAAGGCUGUGGAAAACACCUCAUCUCUCAGAGACAGCCUACCACAUGGUAGAGGUGUCACCUUUGGAUCUGGGCCCCUGGAGCGAGGCGUUUGGGAGCCUUCCAAGGACUGGGUGAUAGAGAGCCACCCUAGUGGUGUCAUGAGGGACUGUGAUAAUGGUCCGUCUGCCGCUCAGGGCUGUGCUACAGCAACAUGGCCAGGCUUGAAGAAGUUACCUCCUAAUAUCACACUGCCAGGCUUCGCUGAAGAGACAGACAACACAUCCAGUCAUGGGUUUUCUCCUUGUGAAUCAAUCCAUGGUUCUGAUUCACUUGAUUCCCUGGAAGGAGUGAGUCAUCACCCCUCUGGUAUCCUUACAGACAGCUGGAUGGAAGGGGGAGUUCCAGCUACAGUGGGUCCACAUUCGGAGCUCAUCCAUUCCUUAUCCCAGCUGGGCCUGCUAGAGGAACUAGGCAACAGGCCUUGGGUACCUGGCCACCAGGCCAAAGAGGAGCAUGCUCAAGAUCUUCUGCGGUGCUCUUUAGAGCGCAGCGAUGUGUUUUUGCCAUCAGACACACCACAGAGAGCCUUUUCCAUCCCCACACUCCUUGCCUGCCCUCAUCCUCACAGACUAGCCCUCCCAGUAGUGUGUAGCCAGGCCCCUGAACCAUCCUGUGCCCCACGGGAGCUCCCACACAUUGUGAAGCUGAAGCCCAGUUCCAUCGCAUUCUCAAGCUGGAACUUCCCUGCCACCGCUGGCCGGACAUCUUUGGUCUGUGGGAAUUUAGAUGGCAGCGCAGGGUCUUGCACUACGAGCAGGGACGUGCUCCCUGACCUGCUGCAACACGAGGCCCAGCAAGACGAGUCACCACUGGUUCUGUCUUCCUGGUCCAAGACCAUGACCCAUCUGAUGAGAAAGCUGGACCAGCUCAACGUGGACAUCGAGGAGGCCUUGAGUGGUAGCUCAUCACCCACCGACACACCCAGUGUCACGCGGAAGUGGCCCUCGGCCGCUGUCUCGGGGACCGCAGCUCACCGAGCCUCAAGCGACCACAGUGAACUCCGCAGCGUGGACGACACAGGAUGCCAAAACCCGGAUAGCCUCUCCGCCCUGCACCAGUCUGCUGUAGAAGCCAAACCUCAUCCCAGGAAAAGAGAGGCAGCUGUGAAGAUGAGCCAUGAAGAAGCAGAGAUUGAAGCAAAGGAGGCAUGUGACUGGCUACGAGCAGCUGGCUUUCCUCAAUACGCCCAGCUGUAUGAAGAUUCCCAGUUCCCCGUAGAUAUUUCAUCUGUGAAAAGGGACCAUGACUUCCUGGACAAAGACCUUGUGGAGCCUCUUUGCCGGAGACUCAACACCUUGAAUAAGUGUGCCUCUAUGAAACUUGAUGUGAACCUUCCCAAAAAGAAGAGCGAAGACUCUGAUGAGGACGACUUGUUUGCGAUCAGCGAUAGAUGGACCUUUGAGUGGAGCAGCCGUCGAUGGUCCAGGCUACAGGAUAUUGACGGUAUCCUGGGCGGUGUGGAGGGUCCGAGCCCAGCCAACCUAGUCCUGAGGAACACCACCAGCAGCGAGAGUGUGCUGACUGACUUGAGCGAGCCUGAGGACUCGUCCCUGCACAGCGAGGGCAGCGGGGGCAGCGGGGGCAGCGGGCCCUCCAACAGCUCACAGCACACCUGCUCCGACACCGCUGCCAUGCCUGAUUCCACAUCACUGAGCCCCUCGCUGCCCCGCGACGUCCCACUGUACGGCUCGCUGCCGGUCCAGGGUAGCCGGCACGGGCGUGCACGGGCUAAAGACUUCCUGCGGCGCAUGGAACUACUGCGCACGCGGGGUACCGGAGGAUCAGAACGCAGGCCACCACUCAUCAGCGGACCUGUCCUACAGCAAGAGCCUCAGGCGCUAAAGGCAAUGCAUUGCGUGGACAUCAUCAACGGGGAACUGUGUCCUCAGGAAAUGCCGGUGCCACUGCCACCUCGCCAGGGCCUGGCCUCUCAUUCUAGCAGCGAUGGUGGUAGCCAGUCAGAUGGCAGCGGCAUUAGCACACCCAGCCUGACAGACCGCUGGCUCUGCCAGUCCUCGGACAAGCGCAGCGGCGUGUAUUUGGAGGAUGUAGACAUCUUCAGCGAUGCCCAGCUGAAGAAGGUGGCCGAGCAGAACCGCAGGAAUGAGUUCCGCUCCUAUGAGGACUUGGUGGUGCACAUCCCCAAGGACCACAAGCCAGGUACUUUCCCCAAGGCUCUCUCCAUUGAGAGCUUGUCUCCCACCCACGGUGCCUCGGUCAACGGCAUUGCCGUGGAGUUGCAGCACCAGCCUGGUGCCUGCGAGCCACACCGAGUCAACCAUUGCUGUGGGCGGGGCAGUCGUGUCAGUGUGUACGAUAAUGUGCCUGGGUCCCACCUGUACGCCAGCACUGGGGACCUCAUCGACCUGGAGAAGGAGGACCUUUUUCCCCACCUGGAUGACAUCCUGCAGCACGUGAGUGGCCUGCAGCAGUUGGUGGAUCACUGGUCCCGGAACGUGCUUCCUGAUGGGGAUGGCGCUGGCCAGGCUGCUAGGCCCGCGGCCCCCGUUGUGCUGGACUUUGACGGGAGCUCCGUGCAGGAGGGACAGACAACCCCCAGUGACAGGGACAAGGACAGAGUAUCAAUCAAUGACACUGACUGCUCAGGGAUGCGGGAGAGGCGGGACUCGGGAGUUGGCGCUUCUCUCACAAGACCUAAUCGGUUGCGCUGGCCCAGCUUCCACAUCUCCAAUCGUCUGAGCCGCUCGGUGGCCUCACUGCAGAUCACAAACCAGUCAGCCGGCCAGCUUAGCCUGCUCCAGAAGUUCUCCUUGCUGCGUCUCACCGCUAUCAUGGAGAAGUACUCCAUGACGAACAAGCAUGGCUGGACGUGGUCAGUGCCAAAGUUUAUGAAGAGGAUGAAGGUACCAGACUACAAGGACAAAAAUGUGUUUGGUGUCCCACUCAUCGUCCACGUGCAGCGUUUCGGACAGCCCCUGCCUCUCGGCCUGCAGCAGGCCCUGCAGUACCUGAGGAGCCAAUGUUUGGACCAGGUGGGGCUCUUCCGCAAGUCAGGGGUGAAGUCCCGUAUCCAGGCGCUACGGCAGAUGAACGAGAACUCUCCAGAAAAUGUGAACUACGAGGACCAGUCAGCGUACGACGUCGCAGACAUGGUGAAGCAGUUCUUCAGGGACCUGCCCGAACCGCUGCUCACCACCAAACUGGGAGAGACCUUCCUGCACAUCUACCAGUACGUACCCAAGGAGCAGCGGCUGCAGGCCGUGCAGGCGGCCAUCAUGCUGAUGUCAGACGAGAACCGGGAGGUGCUGCAGACUCUCCUGUGCUUCUUGAGCGAUGUCACCUCGUCCGUGGAGGAGAACCAGAUGACACCCAUGAACAUCGCUGUGUGUCUGGCACCAUCCCUCUUCCACCUCAACAUCCUCAAGAAGGAGAACCUGUCACCCAGAGCCAUGCAGAAGAAAUAUGCCACAGGGAGGCCGGAUCAAAAGGACCUGAAGGAGAACCUUGCAGCAACCCAGGGGCUGGCCCACAUGAUCACAGAGUGCAAUCGGCUCUUUGAGAUCCCCCAUGAGAUGGUGACACAGUCGCGGAAUUCAUACAUGGAGGCUGAGUUGCAGGCCCCCACGCUCGAGGAGCUGUGCAAGCAGCGGGAGCAAGAUGAUGGCUCUUACCAGACCCACAUGGAUGGCCUGGUCCAGAACCUGCUCUGCGAGGCCCGCGACAAGUCCAAGGGCUGGGUGUCCUGCUCCAGCGCCAAUAACACAGAGCUUUCCUACAAGAAGGUGGGUGAUGGGAACCCACUGCGGCGUUGGCGGGUGUCAGUGGAGGUGGAGGCCCCUCCCUCGGUGGUGUUGAACCGCGUGCUGCGAGAGCGCCACCUGUGGGAUCCGGACCUGCUGCAGUGGAAGGUGUGCGAGACCCUGGACAGGCAGACGGAGGUCUACCACUAUGUCCUCAACCGCAUGCCCCCCCACCCCAGCCGUGACUUUGUGGUGCUCAGGGCGUGGCGUGUGGAGCUGCCAAAAGGCGCAUGCGCUCUGGUGUCUGUGUCUGUGGAGCACGAGGACAGCCCACCCACAGGCGGGGUCCGGGCUGUGGUUCUGGAGUCGCAGUACCUGCUCGAGCCGUGUGGGUCCGGAAAGUCUCGCCUCACUCACAUCUGUAGAAUUGACCUCAAGGGACGGACACCUGAGUGGUACAACAAGGCCUUCGGUCACCUGUGCGCAGCGGAAGCCGCCCGCAUCCGUAAUUCCUUCCGGCCGCUAACAGCCGAAGGCCCAGAGACCAAGAUCUGAGCAUCCGGGUGUCUUUCAGAACAGCACAGGGCUGAGCCCAUGGUGCGGGGAAGGGGGUCGGGACCAGGACCCAGGGCCCUGGCAUAGUUGGGUUCCAAGGAAGCAGAAAGAGGCGCCUUUGGCCUCCUGCCAUCGACUAAGUGAGAGGCCGUCUCUCACUGGUGCUGCACCUCGCUCGACACGGGGAAGGCCACGCAGCCAGCUGCUGUUCCCUAAAUUAGCCUUAGCGUCAUUGUUAUACCUUUGCUGAUAUCGUUGUUAUUGUUACCAUGGUAAUAAUGCUAGUGUCAUUGCUCUGGUCAGUAUCUUACUCUACAAUGUCUAGGACAUUUAAACAGUGGAAAGCUUCUGGGAAGCAAGUUUCUUUCAUUCAUUUUAAACACAAGAGUUAUAUAUAAAUGCAGAUGAAGUCUGAAUUGCGUGUGUGUGUGUGUGUGUGUGUGUGUGUGUGUGUGUGUGUGUGUGUGUGUGUGUGUGUGUUUAUCAGUAUGGACUGUACAAAUUGUAUAUACUAUGACAUGCUAAACUGGCAAACUGUUUCCUAUGGCCGUAUGCUGACUUCCACGUAACAGUGACCUAUCAAAUUGUACAAAUUUAUACAGUAUUGUAAGCUGGUUUUACUACGCUUCUUUGGUACUGUUUCUGUCUGAGAAUGGGUGUAAUUUAAUUUGACUUAACCCUGAAGUUUGGGGGAUAAAAUUUUAUGACUCAGGUUUGACCAGUUCAUGCCUGCUCACGUUGUACUUGACCAUGUUUGAAUGGGGAGAAUCAUGUGUCUAAAACAAUGAAAAUAUUAAAAAAAAAAAAAAAAAACCUUCAUGUAUUGAAGGCGUUGUUUGCUUCACUUAUAUCCUGUUUUGUGUUUCGAUGAACUACAUUACAAGGGUGAGGACAGAAGAGCUGUGCCCCCUAGACACUGACGCUUCUAAGGCGUUUGCACCUCCCUUUAAUACACAACCAGUUAUGUCCACUGCCAUGCAAGGGAGGAG